GGGUGAGUUGCCUAAUACCAAACAAACAAACACAAAACCCACGCCAUUGAUUUUCAACAACACGAGUGUUGUGUUUCUAACUUGACCCGGCUUUUUAAAUUAUACAUCACGAAAUGAGGGACACCAGAGGCCGUGGUCGGGGAAGAGGAGGACGUCCUAUGCCAUACAGAUCGCCAGGCCAACCACAAUUUCGGAGUUUUGUUCCACACAUGCCCUUUGACUUUGUACAGUGUGAAAACAUAUUCCAGAGAGUAAAACCAUCACCAGAUGAGACAGCUUUCACAGAGGCUAUUUUGAAAAAGAAUCAAGAUUUGACGCCCACUGCUGGAGAGCAAGCUGCUAUUUUGAGUCUGGUCACUAAAAUCAACAAUGUUCUUGACAACCUUAUUGUGGCACCUGGAAAUUUUGAAGUGCAAUUGGAAGAGGUCAGGCAAGUCGGCUCUCACAAGAAAGGCACCAUGAUGACGGGACUAAAUGUUGCCGAUAUUGUUGUUAUACUAAAAAUACUACCCACAGUUGAAGCUGUAGCAGCUCUUGGGAACAAAGUUCUGGAUGCCUUGGUUGCUGCUGAUCCUGGCGAAAUCUUAACCUUACUGAAAAACGAGUCUGGAUUUGAAAUCAGUUCUGCUGAGGCUACUGUAGAAAUCCUUAUAACUACCAUUCCUCCAAAUCUCAGAAAGCUGGACCCAGAUCUACAUUUGGAUGGUAAAUUAAUGCAGAGUCAUCUUGCUGCUGUCAGACAUGCCCGAUGGUUUGAGGAGAAUGCAUUCCAUUCAAGCAUCAAAGUGUUAAUCCGUAUCUUGAAAGAUCUGAAAACUAGAUUUACUGGAUUGGAGCCGCUGACACCAUGGAUUGUAGAUCUGCUGGCUCACUAUUCCAUCAUGAAUAACCCUUCAAGGCAACCUCUUCCAAUCAACGCCGCUUUCAAAAGAUGUCUACAACUAUUGGCAUCCGGAUUUUUCCUACCAGGCUCUGUCGGUAUCACCGAUCCAUGUGAGGGUGGUAACAUUAGAGUGCAUACAUCAAUGACUUUGGAACAUCAGGAUCAGGUAGCUUACACGGCUCAGACGCUACUCAGAGUGCUGUGUCAUGGAGGUUUUAAAAAAGUGCUUGGAUUAGAAGGCGAUUCAACUAUAGCAACAGAGAUGUCUGUUUGGGAAGGUGUGGUGGUUACCCCCAGUGAGAAGGCAUACGAGAAGCCAGAGAAGAAAGAGGAAGAGGAGCCAGCCGGAGAAGACACAGAGGACACGAUGGAUUCACAGGAAAAUGCAUAAAUGGCUAGAGAAAACAAAUAAAACAUCUAAAAGAAUCUUGGAUGAUCUGAUGUGAAAGCCAGCAAUAUGCUUCUAUCUGUGUUCCUUUUAAAGGUGUGAAGAAAAUUCAGUCCAAUCUUUUUGAUAACUUUCAAGACACAAAAAGUGUUGAAACUAAACUUUACUUUGUGGGAGUACUCACUGCCACUAGAUAUUUUUUUUAAACCUUGGAGCUUUUUAAAGCUUUUAUGUAAUAUGAAAAUUAUGCAAAGAUACAAUUAUGAUGUCACUGGUCAGUUGUAGUCAAUGAUGGUGUCUUUAAUACUCUGUAUUGAAUUCAGUUCAGAAUGAAUUCUUAUUACUAUAUUCAUCAUUAUAUUAACUGUAGGUGUAUCUGAACUAUCAUCUGCAUAAUAUCAAUAAAUUU